UUCUUCUUCCUGGAAUGAUGGCAUGUGCAGCAUGAAUGAAAGCUCUGCUCCAACCUCCUCCUCCUCCUCCUCCUCCUCCAUCUACUGGUAUCCAUUGUAUGGCCAUUAUAUAGCACUGCACAGAGAGAUAGACUGGCUAGCUUAGCUGCUGCUAUAUAGACAGGCUCCUCCUCUGCAGUGUGUCAGAGCAUACCCUGUUCUACCUUAGGAGUCAAGAAGAGUAGAAGGUAGAGAGAGAGAGUGAGGGGGGGAGAAGAUGCAGGACUGGGCUGGAGUGUUCAUCCCUCUGGUGCUCUUCAUCCUGCUGUCGCCGGGGCUGCUGUUCCAGAUCCCCGGCAAGUGCCGGAUCAUCGAGUUCGGCAACUUCCACACCAGCGCCGUCUCCAUCAUCGUCCACUCCGUCAUCUUCUUCAGCUUCGCCGCCAUCUUCCUCAUCGCCGUCGGGGUGCACAUCGACCUCGGCCCCUGAACCGAACUCGGUGUUUCGUGUUUUCAACAUCCAUCCAUCAGCUGAACAUGUAGCUGGGCUGGGUUCUCUGAAAGUUUAGGGUCUUGUUUAUGUGGGUUCAUGCAUAAUAGUGUCUCUCGCUCGCUCACCGUGUCGAUCGGCAAUGUCGCCGUGGUGACUGGGGAUGAAACUGGUUCUUUGCUUGUAGCUAGAUUCACUUACCUCAAGAUAAAUAAAGCUCUGUUUCUGUGA